AUGGCCACCACCAUAGACGACUUCAGCUUCCCAACAACCACCAACCCUCCGCCGCUUUUCAUCGGGUCGCCGCCCUUGUGGCGCCGCACUUCUUCCACGCCCUAUCCCCACAAAGAAACCCAAAGGAAAUCUCCAAAAGAAGAUGACGAGGGAGAAAGCAGUAAUUCCAAGGAAAAAUCAAUUUAUCGUAAGGAGAGAGAGAGCUUGUCGUAUGUUGAGCAAAGCCCCAAGGCAGCACAAGAAGGACGUGGAUGGAGAAAUGGAGAGGAAAAAAUGGAUUUGUUAUGGGAGGAUUUCAAUGAAGAAUUGUCCAGAAUUCAGGGGUCAGAGUGCAAGAAUUCUGAAGUGUCACCCGGCCAUAGGGCGGCAAAUCAGUUUGCCUGUGUCCAAGGCAAGAGGUUACUGAAAAGUGGCGGUGGCACGGUGUGUUCCGGCAAGAGGCCGGGCGUGGUGGUGUUCAUGAAGGUGUUGAAGAGGGUGUUUUUGCUUCAUAGUUCUCAUCGGAUGGUCAAGAAGAGAACAUGGUAG